ACAAGCAGCAGCUGAGCAGGUCCAGAGCACAGCUGCUGCGAGGAGAAACCCGGCAUGUGUUAGAAGAGGAGACGCGACAGGGAUUCCUCAGAGCACCGAGCCUUUUAAACAGCGACCGGCAAAUUGCGGCACUUUUCAUCUAAAUUUGGUUCCAGUUACUCCCGUAAAAUGGAGGUUUUAUGCUCAGCAGGGUCUCCGUCACAUCCAGCAGUGUUAGACAUGGAUGGCUGACACUUUCAAUAACGGCCAGUUUUCCACUCACUAAAGCCGGAGAGAGAGGGAGAGAGAGAGAGAGAUAUGGAUGGGCUUCCGCUGCUUUUUCCAGUUUUGCCGGGGAAUAAGGCGACCACCAACUCUCAGAGGAUCCAUCAAUGUGGAGAACUUUUUACACUGUGGAUUCAAACGAGCAGUCAACUAGUUUCAGGGAGUGUUUUCUGCUCCGGGACCCUGUUUUAGUUCAACCUGUUUAUCGCCACACAUCGCGCCCUUUCUGAGGACUUUUUAAGGAGCAUUCUGUGGUUUAGUCUUAAUCCCAGAGCCCUUUCUUUUUUCCUUCUUUCCUCCGGUGGAGUCGAGCUCAUCCCGCUGGCUCUUAUGGGAAUGAAACACUCCUCCCGCUGCCUGCUCCUCAGGAGGAAGAUGGCGGACCCGGAGAGCGCUGAGAGACAACAGCCCCUGAGCGCAGCACCAUCUCAGUCAGCGCAGCCGUCUCCUCUGCCUAAACCAGUGCCCUCAGUCCACCAUGCCCCGCGGCCCUCACACGUCUCGCACGCUCCGCACACCCCCCAUGCGGCCACCCUGCCCAGCUGCCCCGGCCGUGGCAAAAUGGCCAAGUUCCUCAACCCUGAGGAGAUGACCUCCAGAGACUACUACUUUGACUCCUAUGCCCAUUUUGGCAUCCAUGAGGAGAUGCUGAAGGACGAGGUGAGGACGCUGACUUACAGGAACUCUAUGUACCACAACAAACAUGUCUUCAAGGACAAAAUCGUGCUGGACGUGGGGAGUGGCACUGGCAUCCUCUCCAUGUUCGCUGCCAAGGCUGGAGCCAAGCACGUGUACGGGAUUGAAUGCUCUAGUAUAUCAGAGUAUUCUGAGAAAAUCAUCAAAGCCAAUCACCUGGACAACGUUAUCACCAUCUUUAAAGGGAAGGUAGAGGAGACGGAGCUGCCAGUGGACGAGGUGGACAUCAUUAUCUCAGAAUGGAUGGGCUACUGCCUUUUCUAUGAGUCUAUGCUCAACACUGUCAUCUAUGCCAGAGACAAGUGGCUGAAACCUGGUGGCCUGAUGUUUCCGGACCGUGCUGCUCUCUAUAUUGUGGCCAUCGAGGACAGGCAGUACAAGGACUUCAAGAUCCACUGGUGGGAGAAUGUGUAUGGCUUUGACAUGACCUGCAUCAGAAAUGUAGCAAUGAAAGAGCCACUGGUGGACAUAGUGGACCCAAAGCAAGUGGUGACCAAUGCUUGCCUCAUCAAAGAGGUGGACAUCUACACAGUGAAGCCAGAGGACCUGUCUUUUACCUCAACCUUCUGCCUGCAGAUCCAGAGGAAUGACUAUGUCCAUGCCCUCGUCACCUACUUCAACAUUGAGUUCACCAAGUGUCAUAAGAAGACUGGCUUCUCCACAGCACCCGAUGCCCCCUACACUCACUGGAAGCAGACGGUGUUUUAUCUUGAGGAGUAUCUUACAGUGAAGAGAGGAGAGGAGAUCGUGGGCACCGUUGCCAUGCGUCCCAACGAAAAGAAUGCACGUGAUCUGGACUUCACUUUUGAGCUGGAUUUUAAAGGUCAGCUGUGUGAGGCUGCUAUCGCUCAUGACUAUAAGAUGCGUUAAGUAUCCAGCAGAGGGCGAGAAAGCCCCAGUGUGGCAGUUGCCCCACCAUGAUAACGG